AUGGGAGAAAUGCCGCCACCAACAAAGACUACAUGUAUACGCAUCGGCGUCGAUGUGGGAGGGACCAACACCGACGCGGUUGCCAUUGACCUCAGUCUUCAACACACCGCCAACCGUGGAGUAUUGGCUCACUUCAAGACUCCAACGACCCCUGACGCGACCUCGGGCAUUGAGACUGCCGUGCGUGCCGUUAUCGCCGCAGCAGGCUUGACAGACUCUCCUGAACGCAUCGCCAGCGUCACCAUUGGGACCACGCACUUCAUCAACGCCGUAAUCGAGCGUGACGUCCGGCGUUUGCAGCGUGUUGGUGUUCUUCGGCUGAGCAAGUCGUUCUUGCGAGAAGUUCCCGCGUUCGCCGAGUUUCCGGCAGACUUGACGGCUGUCCUCAAGUCGUACAUCGGCAUCGUCGAUGGCGGUCUGCACAUCGACGGCUCUCAGGAGGCACCGGUGAUGGAAGCUCAGGUCGUGGCUGAAUGUGCCAAAAUCCGUGAAAGCGGCGUCGGCGCCGUUAUCGUCUCUGGUGUCUACUCGCCUAUCGAUGAGGUAUUCGGCCAAGAGGAGAAGGUUCGAGACAUCAUUUUGCGUGAGGUGCCCGGCAUCGACGUCGUGUGUAGCAAAGAGGCUAGCGCCAGUAUCGGGUUCAUCGAGCGAGAGAACGCAGCAAUCCUGAACGGUGCGAUUCUACGUUACGCCAGAAAGACGGUCAGCCGGUUCCGUCUGGCGAUGAAGAGACUCAACCUCGCAUGCCCCCUGUUUCUCACACAGAAUGACGGCACUAUUCUCGACGCAGCAUCGGCAGCCAAGAUCCCCAUCCGAACGUUCUCGAGCGGCCCUACCAACUCCAUGCGAGGUGCUGCUUACCUUGCUGGUCUCGAUUCUGGCGGCGACAGCUCUGCGAUUGUGGUUGAUAUUGGCGGAACCACAUCCGACGUCGGCGUCUUGCUUCCUUCGGGAAUGCCUAGACAGGCAUCCGCGUAUGUUACAGUUGCCGGCGUCCGCGUCAACUACUCGAUGCCACAUCUCCACUCGAUUGGCCUAGGCGGAGGCUCGAUUGUCAGAACAGUGGAUGGCAAAGUCAAGGUUGGGCCGGAGUCAGUAGGACUGGAGCUAGUCACUCGUGGUCUUGUCUUCGGAGGAGACGUUUGCACAACAACAGAUAUCGCCGUGGCAGCUGGAAAGGCCGUCGUGGGUGCAACAGAGAAAGCGAAAAGUUUGGAAAGCGGCUUCGUCGAAGAGGCCAUCGCUCGAAUCAAGAUUCUUCUAGAAGGAGCUGUUGACGUUAUCAAAACUUCCCCCGACCCGGUUCCCGUUUUACUAGUUGGCGGAGGCGCGAUUCUCUCCCCUGAAAGCCUCAAGGGCGCCUCCAAGCUACUUCGCCCACCCUUCCACGAUGUUGCAAAUGCCGUUGGCGCCGCUAUCGCGAGAGUAUGUGGUGCAGUGGACAUUGUGCAAGGAACUACGCACCAGACUGAAGGUCAAGCUAUCGAGAACGCCAAGAGAUUGGCGGUGGAACGCGCGAUUGCUGCUGGUGCAAUCCCUGAAAGUGUCAAGAUCGCCGAGGUCGAGACGAUGCCUUUGCAAUAUGUUGCAAACCAGGUUCGAACGCUGGUAAAGGCGGUUGGCGAUAUUGAUCUCCAUGCAAAGCUUGAUGAUACUGGCGAAAUCGAUGACGUGGAAGACAGUGAUCCACAAGUUGAAGGGGUCAAAGACUUCACCCGAGCCACAAAGGAAGAAGAGAGAAUCGACCCAGCUCUAUACAAGCCCCAGAUCAGGGUCAACGAGGACGGCAUCAAAGAGUGGAACAUCAACGAAACUGACUUGGACUAUCUCGCUGACGGCUGCUACGUUCUCGGAUGCGCGGGUGGUGGAAGUCCGGCUGCCUCCAAGAUUCAAUUGCGAAACAUGCUGAGAUCGGGGCACACGAUGCGUGUGAUCGAGCCUUCAUCGCUCAAAGAAAAGGAUGUCAUCUACUGGGGUGGUCACAUGGGCUCUCCUGCUGUUUCGAUCGAGAGGUUGCAAUCCAUCGAGACUGUGGAUGCUUUCCAUGCUCUGAUGGAGUACUUGCGUCACGACAGGUUUGAUGCCGUCAUGGGACUCGAGAUUGGUGGUGCCAACGGCCUGGAGCCCUUCUUGGUCGGCUCGUCACGGUUCUUCAACAGUCCCAUCAUUGAUGGGGAUUGGAUGGGAAGAGCUUACCCGACGUACUGGCAAACUACUCUCGCCGUUCACGUUCCCUUAGACUUGGUACCGUGUGCAAUCGAUAGCGGCGACGGGAAAACCAUAGUUAUGACAAGAGCUCCCAACGAUGAAAUUGUCGACCGAGCUUUGCGAGCCUCGUGCUCAGAGAUGGGCUCGAGAGUAGGCAUGGCGGCAAAGCCUACGACAGCUGAUAAAGUCCAGAAGUUCGGCGUCCUCAACACUGUUUCUCUCGCAUGGAGAAUCGGGCGUUGCAUUGCAUUAUGCCAGGCGACAAAUACCAUGAGCACAGUCGCAGAGUCCAUAAUCAAGGAAGCCGGAGGUUCAGAAGCCGCCAAGGUUCUUUUCAGGGGCAAGAUCAUGCGAGUUGAGAGGCGUCUCUUCAAGGGCCAUUCCUACGGCGAAGUUCACAUCGCCGCGUUCGAGAGCGGUGACGAAGAUGAAGCAUCUACUGUCAAGGACAGGGCAACCGCUGUGGCCCAGGGCGGAACCUUGAAGAUUCCCUUCAAGAAUGAAAACAUCUUAGCAGAGCAUACGGCCGAGGAUGGCAAGACCAGCAUACUGGCGGCUGUACCGGACUUGAUUUCCAUCUUGGACAAUGAAUCAGGCAGGGCUCUUGGAGUUCCCGAAUUCAAGUACGGCUACCGAGUCACUGUGAUUGGUAUCACAUGCUCACCCAGAUGGACGGAGACUCAGGCCGGCUUGGAUAUUGGAGGACCGAGGGCAUUUGGCUAUGACCUAGAUUACAAGCCUUUGGGUAAGUACGUCGAGCCUCGCAGCGUCAUACAAGAGUAUUCUACAUAG